AUCAUAAACUCUUGAAAGAAUAAUUUGUAUAGACUAUGACACUGCAAUUUCAUGAUGCGCGGACAUGACGUGGCAUGGGCCUGAGGUUCCUUACUAAGUCUUGGUGACUAAAUUGAUUGAUGACUAGGAUCCACGUGCUAUGCUUUUUUUGCAUGUUGUGUAACCUUCAUAUCACGGACAACUUGAAUUAUGCAUACUUCUUGUGCCAUGUAGUGACAACUCAGCAUCCUUUUUUGAAGGUCUGCUGAUGUAUGUGGGCAUAUCCAGGUGACUUACGAAAUUGAAGAACAGAUCAAUGCAAAGAUUCUAUUCAUGCAUAUGAGCCAUCAUGGCAGAAUUGAUUGAUAACCACCAAAUUUCCAAGAUAUUAUGCAUCAAAUGCUUUUUCUUGAAUCCCCACAAGUGUCCAAGAAUGAUUUGUGCAAAUAAUUUGCAGAAUUCAAAUUGUUUAAAAGUUGUAGAGGUAGAGAAUGGGAAAGUUUAAUUUUCAACUCAAUUAUGUGAAGUUUCUCUGUAAUUGUUAAUUAGAAGAAUCUGCUAGAUUUAAAAAGCUUAAGAUGGAUCAAUCAAUCUUACAAUUUUCAAAGGUUAAAAAAGCAAUAGAAAAUUACAUAAUAGUCAAAUUUUGAGACUCUUCAAGGAAAUAAAAUGAUGUCACAAGAUAUAGUGUCUUAUCUAAUAGAGUGCUUGACAAAGUAGAAGGCACAAGGGACGUAGCUAUCCUUGUGCAAUGAUGGGAUUCAUUCAAUUUUUAUUAUAGAAGAAGUAUUGUUUCCCAACCAGUGCUAACAAUGAUCUAUAAUUUACAUCUUUGGAGACUAGCAAUUCUCAAUAUUUUCAUAAAUGUGGACUUCAUUAAGGUAACUGGAUAUAGUCCAAGUAUCAUGGUUGUAACUUAUGGGUUGUAUAUUAGAGUUCAAGUAAUUGGAGAUAGCCUUAAGCAACCUUAAUUUCCAUAUUAGCUUACACAUAUAUAACCACACUUCAAUCUUCAAUUAAAAAAAAAAAGGGUUCAUAUUUGAGUUCCUUUCAAUUCCUUUGAGUACUUCAAUUGAAGUGUUUCUAUGGUGAAUGUUCCUUGAAUGCUAUUGAUUUUUUAAUGAAUGAUUGAUAUAAGAUAAUGCACAUUAAGUGCUCUAGAAUGCUACCACAUGGUAAUAAUCAUGCAAAGCAUGCAUUAAGCCAACUCAUUAAAAGAAUGGUAUGAGCAAGAGAUAGCAAAAACUUAGUUUAAUUUUUUGCAUUUUAAGGGUCACUUUUGUAUAGUGUAAGACGAAUCUUUUGUUGUUAGAUUGACAUGGGUAAUGAAAUACUAUUUAUGAUAUAGAGAAUGAAUGCAUGAAGAAAUGGUGGGCGUAAUAAAUUUCAAAUUUAUUUCAAUACAUAGAAAUAAAUAAAAUAAGGUCAACUAUAUAUGAAUGAAUUCAUGUGAGUAUGUAAAUAAUAUAAAAAUGAUCUCAAUUUCACAUAUGUUUGUCUUAUUUGUUGAUAUACAAUUUUAUUGAUAAAAUUUCUUAAAAGGGGCAAAAACCUAAUUUGGAAUAAGUAUGGGUAUGGAAAUUUUACCAUUACGAUAACAUGGGAGGUGAGGUUGAGUAAAUUAACACCAUACCUUAUUCAAGAACUCUAUGACUUCAAGAUCUUCAUUCAACCAAACCAUAAGCAUGAUAGAGUAUAGACCAUGCCCUUCAAAAUCUUAGUGGUAUACAUUGUAGCUAUUAUAAAGUAUAGAGAAUUACGUGGGAAUAUUUAAAUUGGUCCAUACUACUCAAGAUAUGAUAUACAUUGUACUUGUGGUAGUCUAGCCUUGAGUGGAAAUAAACCUCAAUGGGUACUCUUCAAUACAUUGGAAUAUAUAUAUGAGUUGAAAAUGAAAUUAGAGCUUAUGUAACAUUAGCCUAUCAAUUGAAUAAAAGAUUUUUUUUCUUCCCAAAAUAAGAUAUUAGUAAAAUGUGUUGGAAGAUAAAACCUUUGUUAAUUUUGAUGAUAAAAUAAAACAUUACUUAGAGAUAGAAACAAAGCAAGAUACUAACUUCAUUAUUUUGUGAUCUAAUUGACCCAAGUUUACCUUAUUCAGUAGUAAGGUAACUUUAAUUACAAUCUGUUUUGUCUUACAGUCUUCUAUCAUUAAUUUAAUUACAGAGACCUAGUUCACAGAUAAAUAAUGUCUUAAGCAACCCUAUUCUGAGAAAAAGUAAUGGCGGAAAAGGGUGAGCAGAGUGUAAAACGAGUGUGUGUGACUGGAGCAGCGUGUUACAUUGGACCAUGGCUGGUGAAGAAUCUUCUAGAAAAGGGUUACACAGUGAAAACCACUCUCAGAGAUCCAGAUCUGACAGGAGCAGAGGAUAGGCUUAAGCUCUUCCAAGCUAAUCUACUGAAGGAGGGAAGCUUUGAUUCAGCAGUGGAUGGUUGUGAAGGAGUUUUUCUUGUAGCUGGUCAUAUGGGUGUUCAAGCUUUAUUGGUUAGUAAUGUAAUUUGACAAUUAUAGGUAUAUUGUAAGAAAAUUUUGAAUAUCAUUUGUGUUGUCUUCUACAGACGGCUUAAAUCACACACUAGCUUAAAAUUGUUAAACACUUAAAAUUGACGGACAUCUCUAGGUUUAAUAUGUUGCUUAGUGUGUGUGGUUUAAGGCCGACCAAUUUCUAUCUUUUUUCUUGAGAGACACUAUUGUUGGUCUUUUUGGUUGUUUUGUAAUCAGGCCCGGGUCCUUCACAUGAUUUUGGUUCAUAGCUCUGAUCAAAAACAUUUAUCUUAA